CUUGACAAAAUGUGCGCGAGAAACCUUGGAUUCGUUCUCCUGGUUUGCAUUCCAGGAGUGCUGUUUGCACAAAGUGCAACUGAGCCAUGUCAUGCUCCCAGUCUGAAUGCUGGUUAUUUGGUCCCUGAACAAGAAGACUACACUCAUGAACAAACGCUCAAUUAUGCCUGUGAUAACGGAAGUAAACCUGCAGUGGAGGGCUGGUGGGCAACAAGCACAUGUCUAAAUGGCAAUUGGUCUCAUAAACCACAAUGUAUAGAUGAAAAAGCCUGUAUGCCACCAACUAUCCCCAAUGCAAUAUACUUUGCAAAUGGUUGGUAUGGAGAUGGAGACAAAAUCAGGAUCAAAUGUGACAAAGGAUAUGAACACAAGGACCAGGACGCCACAGCCAUAUGUGAAAAUGGAACCUGGUCCUCUGUGCCGGUCUGUCAGAAAAGUAUCGAAGCAUGUGAUGCGCCCUCUAAAAUCCCCCAUGCUGUGAUCAUUCUUCGGCAAUACCAGGAGGUGUUUGCUGCAGAUGCAAAAUUGCCAUAUGAAUGUAAAGGUGGAUAUACUGCAGACGGAGCAGACACAGACAAAAAAAUUAUUUGCCUGAAAGGAAACUGGACUGAAGGCCCAAGGUGCAGUAAGUGGACAAAACCGGGUUCUGGACAGGGUGUAUCUGCAGGUGGGGGACACACUACUGGCAGUGAGACACAGUCUGUGGGUGGAGUCAACAACUGUGGCAAUCCCCCCAAAGUUACUAACGGUGAUGUUGUGAGAAAGUAUGGAUCAUUUUUAGAGUACCAAUGUGCUCGUUUUUACAAACGAGUGGGUCUGAAGAGAGUGGAAUGUCACAGUGAUGGCACCUGGUCAGAAGUGCCCACCUGCACAGUCACUUUAUGUUCUGUGGAUACUGAUCGCAGUUCAAGAAUGUUUGCUAAGGCUGCAUCACCAAAGGGGAAGAUGCUGCUGCCUUUGGAUUGGCUCACCACCGACCCUGGAAACUUUUGA